AUCUCCUGUCAAAAGUUUGCAUCCUUGCAGAAAGAAAAUCGAACGGUACGAAAAUGGCCAAUCGUUGUCCCUGCUGCUAAUGAAAAACAUUGGCAAGAAUUUGUAAUCAAAGUCACUCGAAACAGGAAUUGGUUUCGUUCCAAGCUAGCCAAUGCAAUGCCGCGAUGUGUGAUUUUAGUGCGCUUGAAGAUGGCUCGAGUGUAAGCUAAAAGUGCUUCGCAGAAUUAUCCUCAAUCGUCCCACAAAGGGUGGGAGAGGGUACAUACUGUUCGACGAAGGAAAAAAUCAAUAGAUUUUCUCGAGCCAGCAUAAAACGAAAAUAUCGGAGGAAAAAAUAUUUCGUCUUAGAGCACAAAAGAGUGGCAAGCAUCAUGGAGCUAGCUGUUUUAAAACCAGAAAAUCCGGAAGUCCUGCGGUCGAUUGGCUGUCAAAAUAACAAUAACAACGGCGGAUGUUGCGAUAAAGUUGAAGAUAGUGUGCUCGAUGGUUCCACCCAACCACAAAUGUCCAGCAGCAUUGCGAGCAUUCUCGAAGAUACAACACCGAGUGAUUCCGGGAUUCAAUUACUAGACUCGGAAUCCAGCGGUUUAAAUGAAUCCAUGAUUUCCAGCGCGGGCGGUUUCGAGUUCGAGGUGACCAAUCUGCACAAUAACAAUAACGGUGGAAACAUCGUCUUGGACAGUCCGGUGAAGGAGGAAAUUGGAAGAUUCGUUGAGAUUGAUAUACAGAAGCAUGAUGUGGCGUUUUGCGAGGAAGAAGUCGAACAGGCGAUGACCUGCAGUCAGUUACCGGAUGAUAUGAUUUCAAGCGCGUGUUCCACUUUCGACACUGAAAAUAUUGUUUAUAGGAGACGCGUUAAGAAAACAGUUUCGGCAUCGAAUAAAACGCCCAAAAAACGGGUUUCCUUCCACGAGGAUAUAUUGAAGAAUACGAAAACAGACAAUAUACAUAUAGAGCAUGGAUUCAUUACGUACAAAACCGGAGCAAACAAAAACAAAGCCCAGAUGGGAGCGAAGGGGCGGUAUUCCUGGUGCUCGGAGCACGACGAUGAUGGGUAUGAUUAUGGUGAUGAGGAAGCGGGCGAGGGUAGGCAGUAUGUGUACAGGAACGCUUGUUCAGAUGUACUGGACUACGGAAAAACAGACGUGUUUGAAAACAUCGAGGAUGAGAAGAACUAUGUAAAGUACGACAAUUCCGGUAUCUUCGAGUACGGACCACCGGAGAAGCGUCCGCCGCCGGCCAAGAAGCUAAAGGAUGGCAAUGAAUUUUACAAGUGCAGCUGUUCCGAUUCCAACUCCAGUCUGGAUUCGGGCAGCAGCAAUGAGGCUUCAAACUACAAACAGGGCAAAUUCAACAGCUGCGAGUGUAUUGGCCAGGGACAACACCAGAAUAACAACAAUAUUAUUUCGGACAACUGUUAUUACAGCGAGCCGAACAUUGAGCAUUUGGACGAGUUCAAUGGGAACAGCCUGGCCAGUGGAGAACGCACUGUGAAAUCUGUUUGGAGCAAAGAGAAGAAACCUAAGAGUAGCUGCUUGAAGAAAACCAAACGAAAUAUGAUGUAUACCAAUGUGGUCGUACCCGAGUAUGAUUUGACCAAGAAAGUUAAGAAAUUUAACGUUCAUCACUUGUCCGUACUCGAUAACAGUAAGAUGAUUUUUGGUUCCCUGAAAGAUAUCUUCGGUAUAACGCUACCGGAACGUGGAGUGCCCGAAGGGUCGGAAGAUCUAUCAACAGUACGAGAAUGUAUUCCAGAGACAAACGAUUCAAUGAUCGAUGAUUUUACCGUCGUUCAAAAACCGAAGAAUUUUCUAUCGAAAAGUUUGGACGGGGGCUUCAAUGGAAACAAGUCAAAUGGAGCAAAAAAAUACGUCCAUAAUGUUGAUGAACAGCUCCGUCGCAAGAAUGAUGAAGAUUUAUUUGCUCCAAGUCGAAAGAAUAGUGUUGAAGAGGAGGAGGAGGAAGAUGCCAAAAAACAACAACAGGAGCAGGAUUCGCAGCAAAUGCAGCCCGAGGAGCCCCAACAAACGGUUCCCUACAGAAACAAAUACAUUAUCAAUGGCGAAAGCACAGUUUUCGAGCACACUGGUGUUUCCUACUGUUACGGGGAUGAGGAAGGGAAGACGGUUCUGGAUGAGCUGACUAGCCAGAAGGAACUGCUGGUGGGCGAGACUACCAGCGGUUCCUUUAUCGGGAAAACGCAGAUAAAGAAGAAGCUGUCGAAUAUUUUCCAGAAAAUCAACGUGAUCGGAUCGAACGCGACAACACCGUCUCCUUCAACCGUGGUUCCUCGUAGUGGUGGUGAUGGUUUAGAGACCACUACGGAAAAUAGCCUCCAGAGCAAUAUUCGGAAGCAAUCGAGCGAUGAAGUUGAUGGCAAUUUGGACGGUCUUAUGGAGAAGAAAAUAGAUAAGGCGCAGAAUCGAAUGGAAACUAGCACGGUUUCAUCGUGUGGAAGCGAUCGAAGUUCGUCGAUUCAAUCAGAUUCCAAAGAGCAGAGAGGAGUGAAUACUCGCGACCAGCCUCCUCACAGCAAUCUCAGCUCCCCGCGGGGCUCUAUCAGCAAGAACAGACAUCUCUCUUCGCCAUUACGUAAGAAAUCCCUUACAACCCGGCUCGAAUCACGCGCCCGCAUGAGCCCGGACUUGUUCAAUCUGGGUGGCCUCCCACCGAUUCGGCACCUUAGCUCGGAUCAUCGUCAGCUUAUUUCCGAGGAAUUCGAUGACAUCCUCACCGUUACAACCACGUCCGCGUCAACCUACACGGACAAGGACAGCAGCGAUAUUGUCAUCUUGGACUAUCCCUCCACAAGUAGCACCCCAACGCCACAACCCGAGUUGGAAUCCGUAUCGGAGAGGACCCCCUUCGUACCACCCAGCAAACGCCACAACCCGAUGACGGCUUCGACAAGUUCGACGUCGACAUCGAAGAGUUCGCUUAUUAAUCGUUUCCUGCGCAAUGUCACCCAGAAAAAGAUACUCGAGGCCACCAUCAAGCAGAAUAGCUUCUUCCAGUCCAAAGUCAAUACGGAGCGUAAAUUGUUUGGAAACCUCAUCCCGAAGGGUGUCGCUUCAGUGAACCGAGAGCUAAUAGAGGAUUUGAAUGCGGAGAUCGCAAUGGAAAUUGAGCUCAGUUCAUCCGCCUGUCAGCUGGAUCGAAUUCAAUUGAACGAGUGCCACCUUGGCCAGGGGUACGGACUGUCCCUCGGGGACAUUAAAUUUGAUGGUGGUGGUGUAGGGGUGGGAGAAAUUCCGGUGGAAAUUUUCAACGGUAAUCGAUUGCACAUUUUCCGAAAUGAGAAUGAAGCACUGAUGAAGGUUUUCAAAUUGUACAAUGGAUACAGUAGAGAGGGUUAUAUGACGCCGGUGUUGGUUUUCCUAACCGACAAAACGCUGUAUGUGACAGAUCAGGUAAGAAACCGUCUGUCCAAUAAGUUUGUGCUUCCUUAUUCGGAACUAGAUGUGAUAUUGGUGGGUCCGUAUGGUAAUACAGUUCUGCUGAGUAAUUCAGCACGUGAUAUGCAGCAAGUUUUGCUAGCGGGUGGUCCGUAUCCUGCGGAUGGGUUAGUGGCAAGCUUGGAACUUUGCGCCAGACGGGGAGGAUCGGUGCUUCCAGCAGUGGGGCAACUUACCCUAGAUCAUCUGGCUCCGUUGCAGGCAUUUGUGCGGGAUAAUUCGAACGUCAGUCGAGAUGAUGCCUGGCGGUAUUACGCAGUGGUAAAUGUACCCGCUGGAACGUUGGGUGGUGAGGAGGAACCACUUGGUCCACACAUAAAGGGUCCGUUGAUGCACAGGAGAAUGUCACACGCCGGGUUCGUGGACAACUGGUCGGCGGGAUACUUUUUGCUUAAAGCUGGAGUUCUCUAUCUCUUCUCGGACGCAAGUCAAAAGCUGCCGUCAUGGGCAGUCGCUUUGGCUGAGUGUCAGGGUGCAAGAAGAUCCCUCAAUUCUGGGAGACCAUACUGCUUCGAGCUGCUGCUGAGAACCGGUGCAUUGCAAUUGGCGGCUCCCGACGAAUACGUAGCUUCCGACUGGCUCCAGGCAUUGGUGCAAGCUGCUAGUGGGCUCUUCGAGCUCCAGGAACGCAGGCAAACUCUUGGGUGCACCCUGAUCAUGACAUCGAAUCAUCUACUAACACUGCGCGAGGAUUUCAGUGCUCCUCUAAGGAGGAACACUGUUUCAUCCAGUGGGAAUUCCAGUGUUAUAAUGUCACCGGCGAAGGAAAAUCUAAAUCCAAAUGCUCAACAACCGACACUGUCGGGUCAACAGAGGAAGCUCAGCAAUUCAAAUAUGCUGGAUACUUCUAGUGAGAUAAGCUCAAUUCGCUCAACGGGAAGCACUCCGACGCGGUUCCACAGUAUGGCAUACAGUGAUCGCCGAUCCAACUCAACCACCAGCACACCUACCAAGGGCAGCGAAAGGCAUCCUGGUAGUCAUAGUUUUAUGGCAAAUGGUCCAAUCUACCGCCGACCGUCGUCAGUGGAUGGGAUUACAAACGAGGAAAGAAGUCACACCAACAUGAGCAGCUUCUAUGGGAAGAACUCCGGCGUGGAGGUGCUCACCUGCGCUAGUAUCAGUGAAAUGAUCGCGGUUAAAAUUCCGGCAAUCUCCUCCAAUUGGUGGUGCAUUUUGGAAUUUGAAUGUCAAGAAGUACGAGAGAAUUCCGGUGAUCUAGUGGUGUUUUUCUCAACUAGCUCUGAGCAGGAGAGGUUCCUUUCCAUGCUGGAAUCUGUUUGGCAUUCUAAGAAGGAUGACCCCUUUCCGGCCUCAAUUGUGACGAGCGCGGAUGAGCUUUACCAACACUGUUCGAAAAUUUUCCUCGAGAUUAACCGAUCCUGGGAGCCGCUACUAUCCGCCGCUCUCGGUUACCCACAGUAAUCAUCAAGCCAACGGUGUAUGUUAAUGAUAACAAUGAGUCUCAUCGCCUCCGUUGGUUAAUCUCUCUCACUGCUUGGCUACCGAUCGAUAAUUACAGGAAUGGUAUGGCGAGCGGUGGACGCGGUAUAGUUAAUAAGAUAGGAUAGCAAAACAGCUUUAUUAGAGAUUUAUUUUUUGGGCUGGUUCCAAACAAAAAGUAAGUAUGUUAUAUUUUGCCGCUUCAUUGGGUGUCCCAUUUCGUUUAGAAACUGGAUAAUUGUGAAAAAAGUCCCUCUAAUGUCCUGGUGCUUGAUCAGGUAUUAUCGAUAUUAUCGAAUAUCGAUCAGAUUCGUUGGAUAUAAUCUAUUUUGGGAGGAAACUGGACCUAUAAUCAAAAAAAACUAAUUUACGAAAGUAUAUCACAUCAGACAGAGAAUUCUAUCACAAAACACCUAAUCAAUAAAUGUGUUUAGCUUUAUAUGUAAUCAAUGUGCUAGAAAUUACUAUGAUCGCUUUUUAUGGUACACAUCAUGAUAUAUAUAACGAUAUUUAUGUCAUAUAUCAGAUCGAUGAAAUGUCAACCUUCUGAAUGCAAACUGAAACGCUUUCGUACGAUCAAUCUGCUAACCUUAUAUGCUUUGUGAUAAUUCUAUCUUUGGUUAAUUAAUUGUUAUUUGUUUUGUAAUAAUGGCAAACUUUUGUUAAAUCUGCACCAAAUUUCAGUGAAGCUUUGAAAAGCUCACGCAAAAUUUGAUAAUUAUUCUAGAUUCUAGAUAAUUUCGCAAGUGAAAUAAAACACAUUAUAGUUUCAACAAUCGGCUUUAAACGUUACAAAUAAUACUGAGCAGAUAGGUCAGUACCGUUGGAUAGAAUAUCGAUACUUUAUUACGAUUUAUAUAAAAACAAUACACCUUGAAGAACAACUAUAAUCGAAACCACACAUAGCCGGAAGCACAUUCAUCACUUCUACCCAAUCACGGAAAACUAAUUUUAUCCCAACAACAUCAAACAUCCCUUAUGCACCGCAGGGAGAUAAUAAGUAAAGUUGAACAAUAUUUACUACAAUGACGUGCUUAGCUGUAAGGCUUGAUAUUAACCCUGAAGUAAACUCAGCAAACAUUAGGCGUAAAAAAACGCCAACGAAUUAUCACACAAAUGCAGCUUCAGCAUAAGAAACUUGCCAUAAGGUCUUAUACGCAUGCACAAUAUAGGCGGGUGAUCCACAUCACCCAUUUUUGCUCCUCUAUCGUAUCAUCCUCAGCUGUCGUAUCCAAAAAUUCGCCCAACUUUAUUCUAAUCUCUAAUCUAAUCUAGUCAGCUGGUGCAAAUAAAAAAAAGACAGUGACGCUUGGCAUUUUUUUUUCCAUUUAAGAUUAUAUCUAUCUAUUCUAAAUAUGAGGAACUAGAUCGUCCGCUAUGUUUUGGGUUCAAUAAUUGUAGAUGAUAUUUUUUAUAUUUAUAUAAUUAACCUUGUAUAUUUUGAAAUCGUAAGCGAUAAAAUCUUGGUGAUGAAACUUGAUUCGUACGAGAUUUGAAUCUCUUAGGGGUUAGAACGUGUAUUGACAAAUAAAGGAUCAUGAGUUUCGUAAAGGCGGAGCAGAUAGACAGGAGAAAUGAAGAUGAAGCGAAGACACAAACAAAAAUGGUACAAUUUCUUCGCACGAACCGACUGAAUUUUGGAUGGAAAAUGUAUUUCUCAUGCAAAAGCAAAAAUAAGUAAAAAAAAGUACAGACACACUUACAAACCACUAACAAAGUUAUUGAACUUUAAUCUUUUGAUUCGAAGAAAACCGCAGAUAUAAACAUUUGACCUUAUAAUACUCCUAAUAUUCAUAACCCAAACUGGCAGUGUAUUACGCCAGGAGAUAGUAGAAACUCCACAACGAUCAGUGUAUAACCAACUGAAUCAAACAAAAUUCGCAGCCAUAAAAGCAAACCAAUAGUUACCCUUUUCCCAAUGAUAUCAAAGUGAAACAGUCAAACAGUAAUGAAAAGAAUGUUUGAAAAUGUG